AUGUUUCAGGCGUUUGUUGAAUGGAACAAGCGUGAUUUCAAUAACUUUAUUACUGCGACUGCUAAAUAUGGAAGAGAUGCUUUAAUAGACAUUGCAGCGGAAAUUGAAGGUAAAUCAUACAAGGAAGUUCAAGAAUAUGCAAGAGUCUUUUGGGAAAGGUAUCAAGAGUUGUCAAAUUAUGAAGAAAUCAUAGCAAAAAUCGAGCGAGGGGAAACAAAGUUACAACAAACACAAGAAAUCCAACAACUUCUCCAGGAAAAAAUAUCAAAAUACCGGACGCCACUAAGUCAACUCGAAAUCCCAUACAACCUAAACAAAGGCAAGUCCUUUACUGAAGAAGAAGAUCGGUUCAUUCUAGUCGCUCUCGCAAAAUACGGCUACGGAACAGAGGAAGUCUACGAUAAGAUUCGUAAUGAUAUUGAAAAGUUUCCGCCAUUCCGAUUCAACUGGUUUAUCAAAUCUCGAACUUCAUCGGAGCUUUCUAGACGUUGCACCACGCUAAUUUCGUAUUUACAGAAAGAACAGUCGGAGAUUGAAGAGAAAGAAGAGGAAGAACGAAAGGAAGCGGAACUUAAACGAAAAGCUGCAAACAAUAACAACAAUAACAAUAAAAAGCGACAAGUAGAAAUCACUAACGGAAAUUCUACUCCAAAACGAAGCCGUCGUUAA